AUGUCGGACGACAAUGGCUCCAUAAAGCUGGUCGUGACAGAAAACAAAGGACGAGCACUAGUCUCUUCCAGGCCUCUGAAAGCCGGCGAAGUCAUCCUCAGAGACUCCCCAAUUCUCAGCUACCUCGCCGCACCUCUCGGUGCCGUCGCCGCCUCCUCCUCCUCCGCCGCCACCGCUAAUUACUGCUCCCACUGCUUCCGAACAAUUUCCCCAAAUUCCCCGCCCGCAGUCGCCUGCCCUAAUUGCUCCAAUUCUUCGAUUUUCUGCUCCCCACAAUGCCAAUCAGCUUCUCUCUCCACCUCCCAUACUCCAUUCGUCUGCCAAACUUUAAUCCGCCUCGGCGCCGCCGAUUCUCCCCUCGCCGGCCACCACCACUCCCGCCAUAUCCUAGCUCGGUUUCUUAUCUCGGCCUAUAAUCUCGCAAUCGUAUCCCCUUCCAAUUUCCAAACCCUCCUUUCACUUCAAGGCGAACCCUCGUUUGACGAAACCUCCAUGUUCUUGCAUUCAGUUAUUUCCCCGUUCUGUAAUUCGCCGAUUUUGGGGCAGUUUGGAUUUUCGGUGGAGCUAACAGCAGCUUUGCUGGCUAAAGACAAGGUGAAUGCAUUCGGGCUGAUGGAGCCCUUUACUCAAGAUAAAGCGAGGUCUGUUAGAGCGUACGGGAUUUACCCAAAGGCGGCAUUUUUCAAUCACGAUUGCCUCCCGAACGCAUGUAGGUUCGAUUAUGUAGACUCGGUGAAUGAUUUUAGCAACACCGAUAUUGUCGUUAGGGUUUUGCACGACAUACCUGCAGGUAGGGAGAUUUGUCUGAGCUAUUUCCCUGUAAAUCUCAAGUAUUCAGAAAGACAAAAGAUAUUGAGGGAGGAUUAUGGGUUUACGUGCGAUUGUGAUCGUUGUAAGGCGGAGAUCAAAUGGUCUGAUGAUGAGGAAGAGGAAGAGGAUGAAAUGGACGGUGAUGAUGAUAAUGGCAUGGAUGAAGAUGAUGUGGGGCCCAUGGAUAAUGAUGAAGAAGAUGAAGAAGAUGAUGACUUUCCUCACCAGUACUUUUUCUUGAGAUACAUGUGCAGUAGAGAUGGCUGUGGGGGUACAUUGGCUCCUUUACAGCCGAGCAACGGUCAACCAUCAUCUAUUAUGGAGUGUCAUGUUUGUGGCAGCUUUAGCAACUGUGAGGAGUGA